UAGCGACUACCGCGCCUGCGCCAGCGCCGGCUGAGGCUAGGGUAGCGGCUGCGCGUGCCGGGCGAUGCUAGGCGGCUCCCUGCGCUCCGGGCUGUUGCGACGUGUGGGUGGGAGCCGCGGGCAGUUCGGGGCGCGGGGUGUCGGCGAAGGUGGCGCAGCCAUGGCGGCGGGGGAGAGCAUGGCCCAGCGGAUGGUCUGGGUGGACCUGGAGAUGACGGGAUUGGACAUUGAGAAGGACCAGAUUAUUGAGAUGGCCUGUCUGAUCACUGACUCUGAUCUCAACAUUUUGGCCGAAGGUCCUAACCUGAUUAUAAAACAGCCAGAUGAGUUACUGGACAGCAUGUCAGAUUGGUGCAAGGAGCAUCACGGGAAGUCCGGUCUAACCAAAGCAGUGAAGGAGAGUACAGUGACAUUGCAGCAGGCAGAGUAUGAAUUUCUGUCCUUUGUGCGACAGCAGACUCCUCCGGGGCUCUGUCCGCUCGCAGGAAAUUCAGUUCAUGCAGAUAAGAAGUUUCUUGACAAAUACAUGCCCCAGUUCAUGAAACAUCUUCAUUAUAGAAUAAUUGAUGUGAGCACUGUUAAGGAACUGUGCAGACGCUGGUAUCCAGAAGAAUAUGAAUUUGCACCCAAGAAGGCUGCUUCUCACAGGGCACUUGAUGACAUUAGCGAAAGCAUCAGAGAACUUCAGUUUUACCGAAAUAACAUCUUCAAGAAAAAAACAGAUGAAAAGAAGAGGAAAAUUAUGGAAAAUGGGGAGAACGAGAAGACUGUGAGUUGAUGCCAGUGUUCGUGCUGCCACCACGGUUCUCUGGAGCAGCUGCUGGUGGUUUUGUUCACGCGGAGGCUUGGCAGAGCACCUUCUCUCAGUUAACCCGCAGCUCCCGGUUGUGCAAGCAGACAGCACCUGAAAUACUACUUUUCUCCUAACAUGCCGUUUUCAUUUAUGACACAGCAGCACCUUUGUAAGUACCAGGUCUUGUCCACCCCUUGGUACAAAUCUGCAUUUGCUUUUAGACCAUUUCUUUUGUUUUGUUUUUUUAAAAGAAUAAAUCUAGUUCUAUUGAAAUGCAAA